AUGCCAGAUACCUUAACCAGGCCGCUUGCCGUUGGCCUCCCCCGGCAAGCGACAUUCCGACGUCAGAACUCUGAAAGACGAGAUCGAUUGUUCCCGAUCGAACCUUGUCAUGCCGAGAGGAGAGCCGUCUCGUCGACUAGGCACGCUUCUAUAAGCUUACCCAGACGACGAGCAGCUUCUACGCCACCCUAUUGGGAUCCAGGUCAGACCUCUGCGCCCGCAGUAACUGGAGCCAACACGGCGGAUGCCGGUAUUAGUGAUUCCCCUGUCAGUACCGUUCCUCUACCCCAGGAGUCAACCUAUCCCGAGCCUAUUGAGGACCUCUGGUCUCAGGACGAAUACCGACCCCCAAGGCCCCCUUCAAGGACUUCUUCUGAUGACUCUCACUAUCCCCAAAUGGCUAUCGCCGACGACAAGGCAGAAUUGAGGGACGAACUUGAUCACCGAUGGAUCCUCAACCUCAGUAUGCAUUUCCGGGAUAAGUCAGACCGAGAAAAGUUCUUCGUGACCUAUGCACAGACCCCCAACUUCUGGCGGCGGGUGACUAUCUCAUGUGACUAUCGCAAUGCUGAACCAGGUUCCCUGGAGAUGGACCUCAAAGAACUACAGUUUCAACGGGACAAGAGCAUGCAAAUCUACGAGUCAAUACGUGAUUCACUCCCUGAGAUCCAAUUCUAUGACACAGUUACUAACCUCAAACUGGAAACUACUGAUGGCCGUCUCCAUGUUCAUGUGACUGAGGAUGUCAAUGAGAUCAUUCCAUACCCCCCCAAGACCACCCUUUCCCACAUCCUCAACGAUGAAGCCUUUCGUCCUAUGCAAGUCCGGGAAAGUGAGCUGACGUUCGAUUCGCACCUUUCCGGGUUUGUUUACAAGGUUCUACAUAAGGGUACAGUCUACAUCAAGAAAGAAAUUCCCGGUCCGGACACAGUGGACGAAUUCUUAUAUGAAAUCAAUGCCCUGCAUGCGCUACAUGAUUCCAACCAUGUCAUCAAACUCGAAGCUGUCAUCCUUGAUGACACGGAGUCUGUUGUCAAAGGGCUCUUGAUAGGCUAUGCGGAACGGGGCGCCAUUGUGGAUCUCCUUUACGACCACAGAGGAGCAAUCGCUUGGGAGGAUCGUUGCAGGUGGGCAGAACAAGCCGUUCGUGGUCUCAGUGAAAUACACGAAGAAGGCUAUGUUCAGGGCGAUUUCACGCUUUCAAACAUUGUGGUCGACGGCAAUGGAAAUGCUAAGAUCAUUGAUAUCAACCGGCGAGGCUGUCCUGUGGGGUGGGAGCCCCCCGAAAUUGCCACUAAGAUUGCCAGCAACCAACGAAUUUCAAUGUACAUCGGCGAAAAGUCGGACAUCUAUCAACUCGGCAUGACUCUGUGGGCUUUGGCGAUGGAUGAUGAUGAACCAGAACGGCAUGUGCCACCUUUGAGCGUAGAGGAAUUUCCAUCGGAUGUCCCGGACUGGUAUCAAGAUAUUGUUCGGAUCUGCUUGUCUUCUCGUCCGAGGGAUCGACUAUCCGCAAAAGAGCUAGUUGGCUUGUUCCCAUCGAGGAUAUCCAGUCCAUCUGACCAAAUCUCCUCGCAACGACGACCUACCCUGAAAUUGCGGACAGUAAAGAAAUAUAUCGAUCCGGCGGAUGCAGUCGAGCGGGACGACAUCCUACGAUUGAGUUCAAGCAUACAAGAACACGAAGCGCCUCCUUACUCACCGGAAAGCUCAAGAGAUGAUUACACAUUCACGUAUCCGAAGUCAUCCAACUAUGAGUUCGAGAGCGAGACCUCAGGCUACGAUCGACCGAGAGGCAGACGACCGCCUACCAACUAUGCGCACCUUGGAAAGUAUGAGAGACAUCAUUGGGAAUCUGAGGAUGAGGGACCCACCCCAACUGAGGACUUGGAACCAAACAUUGUGGCUAUAUCUCCGGGAAUGGAUCGAGAGUUUGAUGAGCUCGAACUGGAUGGACAUCCUUACUUGGUUUCCCGUCGCACGUUUAACGACGAUGAACUGAAGAUCUUAGAAGGUCCUCCGCAAGUGGAGAGCAGCGUUUCAGACCAAGAACUCGAAUCUGACAUGAGUGUAACCGAGGUUUCCUGCUUCACUGAUACAUCUCACGCGGUACCAGUCCGACGCCCGUCGCUCCUCGCUGCAACUUCUGCCACUUCUGAAAGUACGCCUCGGAAUAGCCAGGAGCUCCUUUCUACCUUGUCUCAGUAUCGGCCUGAAAAUCCUGAAGGUCUUGGUAUUUCGACUGAGAAGCUGGAGAUUGGAUCCGGGAAGCCAGAAGCCGCAAUUGAGAAUGUGCGGGAUCCGACAGAGGAACAUCCGGAGGAUGUGGCUCGGAAUUUCAUUGAUGUGACACAGGAUUCAGAGUACGAAACCGAGUAUUCAGAAGACGCAACGAAGACUCCUCGGGAAUCCGCCGAGAAGAUUGAGGUCAUACCUAGCGACUCGGAAGAUCCGGCGCAUAUGAUGUUGAACUCGGCUAAGGAUAUGGAGCACUUGCCGGAGGCCCCGACACUGUCGACUGAUCAACCAUGCGAAUCCGUGGAGAAGCCGGAAAUCUCGAUAGAGGAUGCAGAAAACUUGAUCGGAAACACCCCAAAGGCUUGUGAACCAGUCGAAAAUGCCACAGAUAGCCCGAGCAUCACAACACACAAUACUGAGCAGAUGGCCGAAGUAGAGAACAACGCGCCCCAGCUUACGGACACCCACAUGGGGACACUGGGUUCGGUGCUCGAGGAAGUAGAGAAGUGCAGCGGGCGACCCAAGGACACGAUCCAGAAUCUAGAGGUGGAGCUAGAUUGCCUAAGUCGAGGCGAUGACAACAGAGCCCCGAAUAAAGGCCACGUCCUUGCUGUCAACGAUGAUUCGGAUUUCUUAACAGCUGGUUCCAAGGAUACCGAAGCGCAGAAAAACACGGACCGACCUUUAAGCACAGCAGCGAGAGGACUACCGAGUCUGCAAUUCGUUGACAGUGGUUACGACGAACAGUUUCCAGGGCUUGAUGGUGAUAGUGACCUUUCUCAAAUACCACCAAUCACUCAGUCGCCACCAAAAUCAGACAAGCUGCCUGCGCAGGAGAGCCAUCCUCUUCUCGCUGAUAAAGCUUGGCAUGGUGGGGAGAUGUCUCUAGUAUCCGAUCACGUUUGUGAAGAUACUCCUACCUCGAGUGACGCCAAGCUCCUUGUUUCAUGGGAAGGUCGAUCAGUGACUGAAGCACUCCGUACCUCGCCACCAGAUAACGACCCAUCUACCAAGGCUAACGCGGGCGACAUAAUACAAACAGGGCUACCGAAUGAGUGA